GGGGUUCUUCAUGUAUACUGGGAAAGUGCAAAAACUCUAAGCCCCAAAUAAUUCUGAACCCAGAUCUCUAGAAAUGGACUACAAAUCCAAGAAUCUCGUGGCAGAGAGGAAGCGGCGGAAGAAGCUCGGUGAUAGACUCUUGAAUCUGCGAGCAUUAGUCCCAAGAAUUACAAACAUGAAAAAGGAGACCAUAAUUGAGGAUGCGAUCAAUUACAUCCAAGAGCUGCAGGAAAAUGUCAAGUUUCUUACUGGCAAAUUGCAACUUCUGGAAGUAGAACCAUUUUCAGAAGAGGAAGCAAACCCAAAAAGAGAAGAGACUAAUACUGUAGAGGACAUGAAGAAAUGUGGUAUACAGGAAAAUGUUGAGGUGAGUUACAUGAGUGGAAACAAGGUUCAGAUUAAAAUCAUCUUUGAGAAGAAAAGAGGGAAAUUCACCAAAUUGCUGGAAGCUAUAACAUCCCGCGGCUUUCAACUCAGUGAUACCAGUAUGACUUCCUCCAAAGGAGCAACUCUUUUUUCAUCCUUUGCAGAGGUGACUUAUGAUGGUACGCUUGCAGUUGAGGAAACCAGGAAGUCGCUGCUACAGAUCGUCAGAAGCAUGCCGCAGCUUUGUAAGAAGUUAGACCCAGGUGAUUGCUGUCUUGGUGGCGCAAAACUUGGGUUAAGUGAGCUGAAUACGUAUCUCUGAUAACAAAUAUUA